CACAAACCAAAUGUGGGAAAAGUUGGAGGUCACCUAUGAAGGGGAACCUCGCAGGUUCAAGAGGCCAACAUCGACCAACUCAUUCACGAGUACGAACUCUUCUCAAUGAAGGAAAACGAAAAGAUUGAGGACAUGCUUGAGAGGUUCUCUAACAUCAUCAAUCCUCUCAAUCUUCUCGGGAAGAUAUACACCGACCGAGAGCUCGUGAUAAAAGUGUUGUGGAGCUUAUCCCCCAAAUGGCGUUUAAAGGUGGACGCAAUUGAAGAAGGUCGUGACUUCCAAACAACGACCUAUGAUGCUCUUCGAGGUAAUCUUAUUACCUACGAAACCACCCAACUCUCUAAGGUGGUUGAAGAGAGGAGCAAGAGGACUAUUGCUUUACCCGCAACAACAUCAACCCAAAACAAAGUUGAUGAUGAAGAUAAUGACAGCAACGAUGCCGACCUUGGGCUCUUCGUCUUAAAAUUCAGGAAAAUGAUGCUCAAGAAGGGAGCUAAGAAGAAAAUUCCACCCAAGUGCUAUGGGUGUGGUUAUGAUGAUUGGAAGAUCAUGAUGGAAGCACAUCUCUACGCUCUACAUGGCUGCAUGUGGAUGGUGCUUGAGGAUGGACCCUUGAAAAUUCAAAUGGAGAAUCCUGAGAGGAAUCCAGCAACUCACGAUGUAGUCAAGUACAUUCCAAAGCCCAAGGAGAAAUGGGAUGAUAGAGAUUGUAAAAAGCACAAUCUGGACAACGUCGCCAAAGCAGGCAUCUUCAAGACACUUGAUCCCAUCACCUUCUCCAAAAUCAAGCAUCUCAAGACUGCCAUGGAGAUAUGGCAAGGUCUUGGGAAGCUAUGUGAGGGAUCAGAGGACUUGAGAAAGCAGAAGAUAGAAGUUCUGCUUGAGAAGUUCAAAGGCUUCAAAAUGCUUCCCAGAGAAUCAUUUGAUAUGUUGGAUGAAAGGUUCCACAAAAUCUUGAAUGAUCUUGCCUCACUUAACCACAUUCUUUCUCCCAAAGAAAAGAAUGUAAGGUUACUGAGAUCACUUCCAACCGAGUGGUAUACCAAAGCCACAGCCAUGGAAGAAGGAAGAAACCUGGAAAACUACACUGUCCAAGGUCUCCUUGAUGAGCUCAGAACCUAUGAGCACGAGCUAAAGAAGAAGAAGGAAGAACAAGUCACUCCCUUCCCCAUGGCACUGAUGACAACUCCAAAAGUCCCAUCAAGUGAAGGGACAUGCCCAAGGAACUGUGACACACCCUCCUCCAGCCAGCCGUCAAGCUCAAAAAAGGAGAACUACGAUGAGGAAUUUGCCAUGAUGGUCAAGCAAUUCCAGAAGUUCAAGAAGUUAUUCAAGAAGGCUGAUUCAAUCAGAAGGCCAACCAAGGGAAAGCCACAAGUAAGUGACUCCCCUCCUGAAUCUUGUUUAUGCUAUAACUGCAGGAAGCCUGGCCACUGGAAGUCAGCAUGGCCAUACCCAAAGGUUGAGAAGUACGAAGAAAGAGAAAUAAACAAGAAGAAAAAGAAGGCAAUGAUUGCUGCUGAAAGUGAUGAGUCAUCCAGCUCAAGCUUGGAUGAAGAAGCCCUCGUUUGCAUGGAGCGCAGAGUUGAAAAGUCCAACCAUGAGGAUAGGUGGACUAUGUCAGAAGAUGACACUCUCUGCCUAAUGUCCAAAGAUGAUGCUAAUCAAGAGUUCAAAAAGGUGAUGGAAGAUUUUGAGGAAAUAAAUCUCAAACACUCAUCCUUAACAGAGGAGAACAAGUUGUUAAGUGAAGAGAAUCUCAAGUUGACUGAAGGUCGGAAAAGUCAACUAAAUGAGAUCACUCAACUUAAAACUGAAAAUGAAUCUCUCUCUAAAAAGGUGAAAUCCCUUAAUAAAGAGCUAGGGAUACUUAAGUCCAAAGAAGCAGUGGACAAGCUUCUUGAAACGACCAAACAUAAGGGUCGUGAAGGACUUGGGUUUGACCCCUCCAGUUCCAAAAGGAAAGGGAGAACAACUUUCAUCCCUCCUAAACCUACUGCCAAACCAAAUAAGUAGAAAGGAAAGGAAAAGGAGAAACCAACAGAAGUUCCCAAAAAGGUAGUCCCUCCUAAGAACUAUAGGAAGCUGGACAAACCUCAAAAAGGAAACAAUUUCAGAAGAAAACCCUCUAACCCCCACUAUACACGAGGCUAUACUCAUUAUGGGGUAGAUAGGAGUUUUCCAAGAAAUUCUGAGUGGAGAA